CACCGUCCUGCACAAUCCCCUCACCGUUCCCUCCGCUUCCGUCACUACUCAUGCAAGCCUUGCGCCUGGCGCGUCCUCGAGUUGCCCUUCGCCCUCUCGUCCGCUCGAUCGCGGCGACGGCGAACGCGCCUAACACCGCGGCUUCCCCCGCCGCGUCUGCACCCUCGUCUGCGAUAUCGCUCUCGAACGUCGAGGCGCAAUGGGAGCACUUCUCGCCCGACGAGCAGCUUACAGUGCACCAGCAGCUUGAGGAAAUUCAGAAGAAGGACUGGAAGACACUUUCCAUUGACGAGAAGAAGGCCGCGUAUUAUGUCGCGUUCGGACCCCAUGGUCCACGAGCUCCUGUCAACCCACCGGGCACCACGAUGAAGGUUUUCGUCGGUACCGCCGCUGGUCUCGGGGCGACAGUCAUCCUGUACUACUCACUGAAAACCCUUGCGGCGCCUCCGCCGAAGACGAUCACCAAGGAAUGGCAGGAGGCCUCGAACAAACGCGCUCUAGAACAGAAAAUGAACCCCAUCUCCGGUAUUGCAUCGGAGGGCUACUCUGGCAAAGGGUUCGUCACGGAGAAGUAACAGCA